GUAUCGUCAGACCAGACACUGGAUAAAGACAACAACAGUGACAGAUCAAGACCGCAUUUCUGUUUGCAGCCAGCUAUGGGUGUAGUCUGAAAAGUGUACACAGUAGCGCACCGCAAUAUACCUCGCAGUUUUAUCCUCAUGAAGGAGCUCCGUCCUGGCUGAGUUUGGGAGAUGGGAGUACUCAACAUUGCAGACCAGCCUCCUCUGGUCCAGGCCAUCUUCAAACGUAAUGCUGAAGAACUUCAACUACUAUUGCACAAAAAGGAGGAUGUCAAUGCACUGGACCAAGAGCGCCGUACGCCACUUCAUGCUGCUGCCUGUGUGGGGGACGUCCAUAUAAUGGACCUCCUCAUUGAAUCAGGUGCCAGUGUCAACGCGAAAGACCACAUAUGGUUGAGCCCAUUGCACAGAGCAGCUGCUUCCAGGAAUGAAAGAGCAGUGGGUCUGCUGCUGCGGCGCGGAGCAGAGGCAAAUGCACGAGACAAGUUUUGGCAGACACCACUGCAUGUGGCUGCAGCCAACCGUGCCACACGCUGCGCAGAGACCCUGCUAACCCAGCUGAGCAACCUGAACAUGGCAGAUCGCACAGGCAGAACUGCUUUGCACCAUGCAGCUCAGAGUGGGUUUCAAGAGAUGGUUAAGUUGUUGCUGAACAAGGGGGCCAACCUCAGUGCCAUUGAUAAGAAAGAGAGACAGCCUAUCCAUUGUGCUGCUUACUUGGGGCAUGUAGAGAUUGUGAAGUUGCUAGUCUCCCGCAGUGCAGACAAGUGCUGCAAGGAUAAGCAGGGCUACACACCUCUCCAUGCUGCUGCUGCAAGUGGUCACCUCGAAAUUGUAAAGUAUCUACUGAGGAUGGGUGUGGAGAUCGAUGAGCCCAAUGGCUUUGGAAACACUGCGCUGCAUGUGGCUUGCUACAUGGGGCAGGAGGCUGUGGCUACAGAGCUGGUAAACCAUGGAGCUAAUGUUAACCAGCCCAACAAGUGCGGCUACACCCCACUGCACCUGGCUGCCGUCUCUACCAACGGUGCCCUCUGUCUGGAGUUGCUGGUCAACAAUGGGGCAGAUGUCAACCAGCAGAGCAAAGAAGGAAAGAGCCCCCUGCACAUGGCAGCCAUUCACGGACGCUUCACACGCUCUCAGAUCCUCAUCCAAAAUGGUGGGGAAAUUGAUUGUGUGGAUAAGUAUGGCAAUACUCCUCUCCACGUUGCUGCUAAGUACGGCCAUGAACUGCUGAUCAGCACUCUAAUGACCAAUGGAGCAGACACGGCCAGACGUGGGAUCCAUGGAAUGUUCCCCUUGCACUUAGCUGUGCUGUACGGGUUUUCAGACUGUUGUCGCAAGUUACUCUCCUCAGGGCAGCUGUAUAGUAUAGUUUCAUCCAUGAGUAAGGAGCAUGUACUAUCAGCUGGGUUUGACAUAAACACCCCUGACAACUUUGGGAGGACCUGUCUACACGCUGCUGCCUCUGGAGGAAAUGUUGAAUGUCUGAACUUGCUCUUAAGUAGUGGUACCAACUUAAACAAGAGGGACAUAAUGGGAAGGACACCGUUGCACUAUGCGGCUGCUAAUGGGAGGUACCAGUGCACUGUGACCCUGGUGAGCGCUGGCGCUGAGGUCAACGAGCCUGACCAAACGGGCUGUACUCCCCUGCACUACUCUGCCGCAUCACAAGCCUUCAGCAGGUUGGAAAAAAGGGUUGAUCGUCAUUUUUCUGGGAACCAUCAAAAUGAUGAGGAUGAGGCAAAGGAAUCGUACUUCUGUUUGGAGCAUCUUUUGGACAACGGUGCUGAUCCAUCGAUGGUCAACACAAAGGGUUACAGUGCUGUUCACUAUGCAGCUUACCAUGGCAACAAACAAAACCUGGAGCUGCUUCUGGAGAUGUCCUUUAAUGCACUGGGAGACAUAGAGAGCAGUAUUCCAGUCAGUCCACUGCAUCUUGCUGCUGAUAAAGGCCACUGGCAGGCGCUGCGUGUGCUGACUGAGACUGCAGCCUACGUGGAUGUGCAGGAUGCUGCAGGGCGUUCUGUGCUCUACUUGGCUGCUCAGAAAGGCUAUACCCGCUGCGUCGAGGUGUUGUUGGCGCAGGGUGCCUCCUGUCUCCUCAAUGAAAACCGCCUCAUGUGGACUCCAAUUCAUGUUGCAGCUGUCAAUGGUCACUCAGACUGCCUGCGCAUGAUGAUAGAUUAUGGGGAGGAUGGGGAUCUCACCAAUGUCGCAGACAAAUAUGGCCAGACUUCUGUGAUGCUGGCUAUUCUGGGAGGUCAUACUGACUGUGUUCGCUUCCUUUUGGAGAAGGGUGCCUUGCCAGAUGCCCAGGACAAGAGGGGCAGAACAGCUUUGCACAGAGGGGCGAUGUUGGGCCACGAUGACUGUGUGACAGCUCUGCUGGAGCACAAAGCUUCUCCAUUGAGUCGGGACACCCAGGGUAGGACACCGCUGCACUAUGCUGCAUCCAGAGGCCACACAGAGAUCCUGGCCAGUCUGGUGCAGGCCACUGUGGCAACAGACCCACAAGAUAAACUGCUGGACAACAAACAAUACACCCCGCUACACUGGGCUGCUUACAAAGGGCAUGAAGACUGUUUGGAGGUUUUACUUGAAUUUAAAACAUUUGUCCAUGAAGAGGGAAACCCUUUUACCCCCCUGCACUGUGCUCUGAUGAAUGGCCAUAGCGGUGCUGCAGAGAGGCUGCUGGAGUCUGCUGGGGUCCAGAUGAUAAACACCAGAGAUGCCAAAGGAAGGACCCCACUGCAUGCUGCUGCAUUUGCUGAGGAUGUCACAGGUCUUCAGCUGGUGCUUCGCCAUGGGGCAGAGAUCAAUGCCGUGGACAACAGUGGACGCUCCGCUCUGAUGGUAGCCGCUGAUAAGGGACACAGUGGCACUGUGGCCAUCCUCCUUCACCGGGCCAAGGCUGACUUGACACUGCUGGAUGAGAACAGGAACACUGCCCUGCACUUGGCCUGCAGCAAGGCUCAUGAGAUGUGUGCUCUGCUGAUUCUGGGCGAGAUCCACAGUCCCACACUCAUAAAUGCCACCAACAGUGCUCUGCAAAUGCCCCUCCAUCUUGCAGCACGUAAUGGCCUGGCUACGGUGGUACAGGCACUGCUGAGUAGAGGAGCCACGGUGCUGGCUGUGGAUGAGGAAGGCCACACCCCAGCUCUGGCCUGUGCUCCCAACAAGGACGUGGCUGACUGCCUGGCUCUGAUCCUCUCUACCAUGAAGCCUUUCCCCCAGCGGGACCCUUCCUCCUGCUCCUGCUCCUCCCCCACUGUUUCCCCAUCCCCGGGUCUCAACUUGCUGAAGCACUGCGGCAUCACCGCCACCUGCGCCCCCCUGCCCAGCAACGGCCUCCACAACGGCUAUGUCAAAGACCGCCACGGUGCACCAGUUGGCCUGGAUGGGUGUCUGUCUGAGUGAGGUCCCAUAUGCCUCCUCAGUCAGCUGCUAUCGCCAUCAUCACCACCAGGGGGCGACUCCCUUUAACAUGGCCCAGAGGACCAGGAGAGCACCCACCCACUUGUCUGUUCUCUGUGUAUGUAUGUGUUUGUGUGCGUGUGUUUGUGUGCGUGCGUGUGUGUGUGUGAGUGUUUGGUCUUCUCUUGAGGUGCAGUCAAACCUAAUAUGCAAUUAGAUCCCAUUCCUCCAUCUCCUAGUAGUGCUUAAUAUGUAGAGGCCCAUUUCUCUACAAGGUCACUCAGAUGAAGUGUGGAAUCCAAAACAGACACGAGCAAAUGAACCAUCUCGAAAUCAUUUAACCCUUUAAAAUUAUGUCGACAUAAUUAUAUAACCAACAUCUAAAAGCAUGGGAAUCUCUGUAUCCUCAACUGUCUUCAUAUCAUUCACUAUAAACGUCAUAUCAUGUUUGAUCAGUUUUGGUGACCUUGUAGAGGAAUAUAUAGCCUUCCCAAAUGAAUGAUCAAAGAGUUUUGUUUUUUUGGUGAUAUUCUUUACCUUUUUUUUUUGUUUUUAAUUGUCUGUUAGCUUAGAUUUUUAUGAAGGAACCACACAAGGGAAAAUCAAAAUUUUUGCUUAAGAGUGCAAUGCUUGUGUACUACAGUACAAUCCGAAAUCUGGAAAAGGGUCACAAAGAUGUUAAUUCCAUAGUGUACUUUAAAUGUACAGCCUACAAUAGUUUGGCGUUUUAAGAUGAAUUUGGUAACGCUGCUGAAUACGUUAGCAUGUCUCCUUCCAAAGGAGAGCCAUGCUUGGGUCAGCAUUGUAACAUCAAUUUGUUCUUAAUGCUGACUUCAUGUUUUAAAGAUGCUAAAUAAGUGUUUGUUAAGCUAGAAUGUUUCUAAGCAUAUAAGUUAUGACCAAAGUUGAGCAACACUACUAUGGCUAUAAAUUAUUUAUUUGAGAUGAACUGUACUGUAUAGAGAAAGACAAUAGAUCUUGAUAUACCUCGUCAACUCGUUUAGCAGCUGCUUCAUCUUCACCCAGGGUCUGUAGGCCUAAUGUUCUCUUUUUGUAGGACUAGAGAACUACUGUAGGAUAGUGACUGACUGAGGCCUUGUUUAUUUCUAGAUGAAGGCUUUACUAGUAAUAUCUGCCAACAACACCUCAUCAAAGCAUCAUAUAUCUGAGCACAUAAAUGAACAAGCCAUUUCAAGUUGUUUCCCCAUCUCCAAGUGUUUUUUUUUUUGUUUGUUUUUUUCUUUUUUUAAUGAAAAGAUUUCAGAAUUCAAAUGGCCUAGUUAUUGAUAGAGAGCAGUCGGUUAUGGUUUUUAGGCACUAACGACAUUUUGGUCUCUGCUUUUCUGACGUUGAACUGGCCAUCAGCAUUGUUGUUUGUGGGGUUGCUGCAACUCCACCAUUAUGUUCUGUGGUGGCCAUUUAUUUAACAAGCUCUCCCUAGGAGUACUACUUGGAGCUGGUAAACUAGUUUUAAACAUCUAAUAGCUUAUACCUCAGCUCUUUAGUUGUCAACUCUGAUCAAUUAUUAGAACUGAACGAUACAGAGUAGCUUUUUUUUAUUGGGCAAUUUUCAAGCAAUAUUUUUCAUUUGACCUUUUUGUUAACGUUAUUGAAUAGACAAUCACUGUCACAAGGGCUUUUGUUUCCCUGGAAUGUGUUUGAUUUUUUUUUUUCUGAUUUGUUUAUAUAAUUUCAUGAAAAAUGACUAAAGACUUAACGAAUGGCUCUGUGUGUGCUGGGCAUUUUACUGUCAGUGUCAACGCAAAUGCACUGGACUGCCUCUAUGGCAACUCAUGAAAUGCCUUUUGACCCAUGCCUUCCGUAACACAUCAUUUCAGUUGGAUUGCAUAAUGAUAGAGUAUGACGAGCCCUGAGACUGAUUAUCUUUCCACCCAUUUCGAUAGCAACAACGUCGAACCACGGUUGUAUCUAGUGGACAGACAUUGCCGGCACAUCUUAAUAUGUAACGGCAUUGUUAAUGACCAGGGAGCUGAUUUCCCUUAUAGAAGCAAGUAGGGCUAAGAAGAAAAGGAGAGGGAUGUUUGCUUAGGCCAAUACCUGUUGUUUAGAUUUCAGGAAUAGCAGAAAUCCAAAUAUGUGCUUUUUUGGUGUUAAUUUUGUUGUUUCGUCAUCCCAUUUCUGGUACUAAGCAUACUAAAGAUGAUUGUAUCGGACCACUAGAGCUGUUUGUGACUUAUAAGGUGUUAUAUCUAUGCUAUUUUGUCUUUUUUUUUUUAUUAUUAUUAUUAUUAUUACACUGAGUAAGAUUGUUGUCAUUGGCGUGAUGACUUCAUAUCCAUUGAUAAUGAAGUGGCACAAUUGCACACAAUAGUUGACUGGAUGAGAGAUGAGGACCUAGACAAGGCUGUGUUGUCAAAUUCCCCUGCAAAAAUAGUCUUGGACGUUAUUGUAAAAGUUGUUAAGUAAGAUUUGUUGUUGACUUUUCAAUUGACUGAAAUGAAUCGGAGAUAAUUAGUGAUGUCCAGCCUUUGGUCUCUUGAUCAAUUUCUUAUUUAAAGGAGAACAGUGAUAUACUUGUUAAUAUUAGGGAUAGGUGCAUACUUUUUUUGUGAUCUCAGGAUCUGUGCUGAAGCUGCAGUCAGAAUUUACUAAUCCAAUCAGAUCUCAGCAGGAUAAAUAUGUCUACAUUUUUAAUGGGAUGUUCCACAAUUUAAUUCCUUUUUUAAAAACCCUAAUCCCACAGCACUUAAUUAGAUAGUCAAGCACGCACUUUAGUACAUUCAGGUUCUAAGUGUGCAAACGAUGUAAUGUAUGUACAUAUGUUUACAUGCAUGUGUGUUGCUGCUGAAUACAGGAAGGUAGGGUUGCAAAAGACGAGCUAAGGCUGCAACUAAAUUGUACUAACAAUGCAUUAUUUGAAAUGAGUAAGUGUCUCCAAGCACUUUGGGACAGUGUCCACUGCCCACUGACUUUUUCGAGUUGUCCGUUUCUGGGCAACGGGGCCCAACAAAGUGACAAGGUUGCAUUACCCAGCCUACUGUUAAUAAUACAGACCCUGGCCUAAGUCACUUAAAGUCAGUCCAGUGAUUCAACAGACACCUCAGGCAGGCUCCUCAAAAAUACUUUACAUACUCUCUCUGCCAUCCGUAGGUGCUUUCUCUUGUGAUGUCCUUAUCUGACCAGUAAACGGAGCCAUUGUCCCUUGCAACUAUACAGGUUGUAAGUAAUAGAAUUCUUUUGUUGUAUUGCAGUAUUCUUAUACAUGCUUCUUUUUUUCUUUUUUCUUUUUUUUCCUCUUUGUGUGUGUUACCAGUGAUAAUUGGGUGAUUGUGCAUGGAGCUAGAUCAUAAUUUUGAUUUAGUCGAUGAUUAAACAAAUGGAGCAUAUAUAAUAUAUCUGGAGAUAGAAAGCAAUGAAAGGUCCAAUUGUAGCAAUAGCGCGUGUGUGUGUAAAAGUGUGCAGCACAAAUAUUGCACUGCCAUCCAUUUAGGCCAAUUCAGUAAAUCAUAGCAUAAAUGCCAAUGGAAGAUUUAAAUGCGGGUCAGAUGUUAUAAUGAUCUUUGGUCACAAAUAAGGCCUGUUUGCCAAAACAUGUGGACAGGGUGGAACUUCUAGUAAAACAGCAAUGGAUUUAUGCAUAUGUUCAAGCAGUUUACAGUCAAACCAUCAAAUCUGAGCCAUGAAUUUUCUGACUGAUAUGAAUGUAGGGUCAGUUUAGAGCAGGACGAUUUCCUUUCUCCCGACUUUAAACUGUUGCUCUUCAUUUGUCUUGCGUAGAUAUGAUUAUACUGGUAGCAUGUCAUAACCUACUUCUUGACAUAAUAUACAAUAUGUGUAGUAGUCUUCCUGCAUUGAUGGUCUGGAAAGGGUUUUUUGGCAUUCUUGUUAGAGUAUAGGCCUGCUGUUUUAUAUCACUUUGUCUUUACACAUUUUGUGUGUAGUGUAGCCCAAAAGGUGAAAGAGCUGAAAAGAAUUAAACAUUCAUGCUCAUCCAUUCCAUUGAGUCUGCCUUAGAGUACAAUAAAACAAGAGGGACAAAAAGAUCUGCAGUAGAUGGCAUCAUACAUACUCGUAAAUAGCCUAUAUUUGACAAAAAUGCACCUAAGCUACACCCAUUUAGUGCCAUAGAAACCUUUAUUUGCCUUUAGACAUAAAUCAUAUUUACUUGGUCCGUAACUUAUUCAAAAGAAGGCAGGAUUGUUACAAAUUUGUGUUUGGUGCUGCAUGUCUUUUCGCCAGUUAAAUUAUUCAAAGAAAAACAAUUUAAAAUUUUGCAUGGGAUAUUGUAAUUAAAUGCGAGUAUUCUGUUAAAAUUUAGUGUUAGAUUUUUAUUAUUGGGCUUUUUUGAAGAAUAUAGUUAGUUUGGUAUUGGCAAAGCAAUCCCUGGGUUGUGUGUUUAUUUAACAAGCUGGAUUAUCGUGUGUGUGUGUGUGUGUGUAUGUGUGUGUUACCAGGAAAAAAAAAAAAGUUUUUGAUGUCCAAAAGAAAAAAAAAUAGCAUGGUAUAUACAGUUGAGAAUUGAUUUGCCUCAGUUGAUGUCUCGGUUCUUACUUGAAGUAAAUGGCAAAUUUCAAUUCAUUUCUGAUCCACUGUUGAGCCUUUUGCCUUAAAAGCUGAAAAUGGAAACGAUACCUGGCAGUACCGAAAAAGUUGCGUCACCUGUACAGUUAUGCUACUUGGUUGGAUCGCUGAAAAAAUAUAUUUUUUGGCUAAUUUUGGACUUUCAAGACAUUUGUGGGUGUCGAGAAGCACACAAAUCAAUUAAGGUAGCACAUAGCUCAAGGUUGCCAUGGUGCAGAGAUUGUUUUGGGAGGUUAGGAUUUUGCCAUAUUUGCCACUGUGAAAGAAUGAAUUCAGAAUUCACUUGUAAACAAUCAGCUUUGGCUUCUCUGUUAUCCAGAGCCAAAUGACACUGGGGAUAAUAGUGGUGUACCUCAAAAAAUAUUUAGAUGGAUAAAAGGAAAUUCUUAUGGAGAAAAAAAAAAAAUCUUGUACAGCUAUGCUAACAAAGAGUUAAACUUUGUAAUCCAUCUUGUCAUGGGUAGUGUAAUUUUGCUUAAACCAGCCUAAAUCGGAGAUGUAGUAUCUACGCAAAAGUGUUAGAUUAGUGUCAUCAGAUGUCUCAUGUUUCCUACCUGAUAAAGGGGCAGCCAAUGCACCUUGUUUAAUGUUUUUAUUGGACCUGCAUUUUUACCUCAUCAGUGAUCUUUUGUGUGAAUCCACUGACAUUGAUCCUCUGUGAUUUCUUGCAUUUCCUAACAGUGUAGAUUUCUCUCUUACAGUGUGUGCGUGCGUGUGCGUGUGUGUGUGUGUGUGUGUGUGUGUGUGAGAGAGGGAGAGUAACUUUUCAAGAUAUGCAUGUCCGACCUAAACAUGCACAAGUCCCUGUUUUCAUUUUAGCACUGAAAUGCGUUGUAACCCUGUUUGAACAUGUUUCUCUUCAUUACAACCAACACGCAAGUCAUUUAAGGUGGAGGGUACAGGCUAAUUUAAGGUAGAACAUGAAGGUAGCUGUAAACCUUUACCUCUGUAUGUCGAAACAAUACAAUUAUACUGUAUGACUAAUGCUAGUUUGACCACUUUCCCUGCCUGAACACUUGGUUAUUAAUUUUCCAACCACCAGUAGGAGCUGUGUUAUAAUGAGCACAGCGGUGGCAUGGUGCCUUUUAUUUGUUACUACCGAAAGGUACGGUCUUCCAUUUGUAUUUCUCAGAAGCCUUAUAAUGGGGGAAAAAGAAAUUACUCUGAAUAUACAUGACUACAGUGCAUAGACCCAUACGCCCUCUUAGCAUGUCUAUCUCAACCCUAUCUAUAUGAUCUGAGUUAUUAAAACAAAAAAGCCUGAGUAACUUGUUCUGCAAUAGUCUGGAUUUCAUAACACAUCUCCUGUGACUGCCCUUUGGGUAGCAAAAUAAAUUGCACAGAAUGCAAUUUCAUGCUCAUCACACAUUGAAUGGGUGGAUCUCAAUUGUUUGAAAGCACAAAUCCAAAGAAGGCACAGGCGAGAGAAGGAGCCUUUAGACCAAAUUUAGGCAACAACAUGAGGGAAAAAUAUCCAACUCCUCUUUAAGAGCAGAAAACAAGGAGGAUUGAUUGUCAGUAACACUUUAACUGUAGAGAGAGAUGAGUGUGUGGAUUUUCAGAGCUUCUUCUGAUUGUUCUCAUCUUAGUUCAUCGAUGAUCAGACAUUCACAAUAAGACCCACGUUGUGAAACAAUGCGGUACCUGCAUUCAAGAUCAAGUUUAGGCAAACUGUCGUGACUGUGUUGCAAACUGAUUGUGGAGAUUGUUUUGUAUUAUUUAGGGUAGACUGACUACAAGUAGGGUUGCAGUAGUAGCUGUGUGCAGUGUUAAUAACCGUGUGAUCAUACUAUAGAAGUAAUAUAACAUUUUGUUGUCUUACAACAUUAAGGCAUGAAUCAUCUCUAAUGCUGACCUCGUUUGAAAUAGACAAAAGAUGAAAGUGCAAUAACCUUGUGUUUAUCAUUGCUUCCUUGGUUGAAAAAAAUAAAAAUAAAAUAAUUAUGCCCUUUCUGUUAACACCAAAAGUCACUUGUCUGUAGCAAAUGAAGGAUUUCAAGUGGUCCUCUUGUUUGUUAUCAGGGAGGUGGCAUUUGAUAGUGGAGUUAGUGAUAUUCUGUUCUUAAAACUGUGAUCAAUAUCUGAUUUUAAAAGCUGCCUGCUCAGAAAGAAUGGUGCACAAAUUUCCCAACAGAUUUGAGUAGGGGUGUGUGUGUGUGUGUGUGUGUGUGUGUGUGUGUUUUGUUUUUUUUCUCUAAUAGAUGGACUUGACGGUGUUGUAGUUUGGACUUCUGGUUUUUAGCCAGUGGACAUGUUAAUUUGCAUGUGUAGAUGUGUAUAUGCAUCCUCUUCCUCCUUGAAUGAAAUGUUUUCUCUAAAAUAUUUAGACCUGCUGUCAGUGAUGUAUGCGGAUAAAAGGAAAUAUGAAAUGCCUUAUAUUUGUUUUCAAUGUUAAGCAUUAAGGGUUCUUUAUGUGUCCUUCCCUUUUCAGUGUGUAGCCUAAAGCUUGUACAGUUAAGAUACUCAUGAGAUUUAUAUCUACUGAAUAGCCUGUGUUUUCAGAAUUUGUUCUUUGGAGGUCCUGUGAUUGUGGUGUUUAGAAAAACAUUCCCCUUGAAAGUGCCGUUUGUUUUCACCAGCAAAAGAUGUGGUUUUUUUGGGCCGGGAAUGUAUUUACACGAAGGAAAACAAAUGUUCAAAACACUUUCCAGUGUUUUAUUUUUGAACUGAAUGACGCAAAGUAUUUGUGUAGGUGAAAUAAGGCAGCAAUCUUCUGAUGGAGCACCUUAUGGACUUGCUCCUUCCUGUGAGCCCAUGAUGGAGGUAGUCUCACAUCAAGCUUGAUAACUCUAAAGCAGAGCCAUAUCGCAGAAUUUUGCCCAUUAGGAGCCCCUUGAAUGUGCUAUUAGGAAUAGCCUCUACUGUAGAUGGAUGGUUACUGCAUGUUCUGUGACAUUUUUAGUAGUGGUAGUCUCUUUUUUUAAUGUUAUAUUUAGUCCGCUUCACUGUAGAUGUUGCUACCCACCUCAUUGCAGCCCACAAGCUAUUAACAAUCCUUUCACAACUGGACUUAAAGCAGGCGUUGAUCUGCUGCUGAGGCAGCUUAAUACCUUGCAAAUUAAAAGAAGAAGAAAAAAAAGUUGAUAGUUGCCUGGUUUACUUUUGAGUGGCUUAUCUGGAGGAGGAGCCCCUGUUUUUAGUAGAGGGACUCUGAAUCAGGGCAUGUGAUGAGUAACAAUCAAAUAGUUUCACAAUGCACCUUCAAAAAAUAAUAAAUAAUGAAAAAAAAAAAAAAAUAAAUAAAACAAAAGUUGGCUCGUCCACCCAACAUUCCAAAGUUGAUUUCAUUUUCCACAGUCCUUUCCCACUGUUUGAGGAAACCUUUUUUUGCUUUGCUGGUGAAUGAAAAGGGCAUGUGUAUCAAUGACAGGGUUCCCUAUUUAGCCUAACGCUAAUUACCUCAUUUACAAAUCUGCAAAUAUACUACUCUACUGUGUCUAAAGGAGUCAAUGCCAUCACCAGCAGUGUGGUCUUUAGACCUGUGAUGACAGCAGGACCAAUGAAGUUACUCUGUUGAAAUUAGCCAAUCUAAAAACAUGACUAGUCUGGAAAAAUAGGGUAAAGUAAUAUUACAAUUUUGCAAGAUUUUCUUCAGUUAGUAAACGGCUGCUACUCCAGUCAGCAUCGGACUGUAGCUAUGAUUUGAUUUGAUUUUUAUGGGUCAUUAUACUGGUGAUAAAAAUACAUAUAUUUCAUGUCAAAGACGAAAAUCUGAAAUUACAGUUGUCACUGUUUUUGAGACGUUGACUGUAGUAGCAGCUGGUGGCAGUAGCAUGGUUCAAGAUCUGGAGCUGAUUCACGCCUGGUGUAUCUCAUGAUUAUUUAAGUGAACGAUCAUGUUGGCAUCACUUGCUGUUUUUUCAGUAGCAUUUCUCCUACCUCCUUGUUUUUGCAGCCUUGAGUAUUUGUUUGUCUCUCCACCUGUUCUGAAAAAAAGAAGUGUAUUGCAGUAGGGGAAUACAGAUUUAUCAUAAGCAAUGGUAGUAAUACUUUCAGAAAACGUGUGCUUGGUUGUGUUGUGUGUGUGUAUAUAUGUCUAUUUGACGUUGGAAAAAAAUAUUUAUGAGAAGCAUUUAUACGACAAAAUACCACUGGAAUGUGAAGCCAGAAAAUGUUAAGAUGCAUAAUAUGAUGAUAGUCUAUCCCCUUUAACAUUCAGUGGCGAAUGGUCAGAGGAAUCAUCUUAUAGAGAAAAAAAAUAACCAUGCAUUGGCUGUUUUUUUUUCUUUCUUCUUCUUAACACCGUGUAUUUCUUUGGUUUCCUCUUGUACGUAUGCUUCCCUGUCUUCAUACGUAUACACUAUGUCAGCCUUUACAGCUUCAUUCUGGGUCAGCCAUCGAUUGCCCUGAAGUUAUAAUGAUACCACAGGUACCACAAGUUGUCACGAGGAAGAUAAUAAGGUGGAUUUGUAAUUCUGAAUGAGGGUGAGUUUGAACCCCUCGACCGUAUGCCUUUGAAUCCAUCUGUCCGCUCCGAACCAAAUUCUGCUUCUUAGUUUUUCGUCUCCACACUGCCCUGACAUUUUACAUCCAGUUUAACUAUAAGGGGUACAGGACAAGGUGAAAGGUUUGAGGUUUUAUGCCCCCUCCCCCACCCCACACUCUCCUCUGCCCACUCAUGCUUUUUCCACGACUUGAUCACCCGUACUCCCCAUCACCCAUCUCACAUAAACCUCAAGCCAUUCAUUCUCAAGUUUUGUUGUUUUGUUUUGUUUUUUCGACAAUGCAAUCCUGAAAGCACUUUGCCUUGUUAUUCCUUUGUGUGAACAUGUGAAUGAUAAUUUGUUACAAAAAUGUUAAAUAUGUAAAAGAUCAUUCACUGUUUUGGAAAAACCUGCAUCUGUCUUUCUGACGUUAAAAGAAAAAAAAAAAAAAGAAACAAUUUAGUGACAUUAAACCUGAAUCUAUU